AUGACUGAAAAGACAACAUUCGGCGAUAUCAACUACGCUUCGACCAAGGAUGAGUAUCCCUCUCACAAGGAGCAAACGAUCCACGAUGAAGCACCUAUUCGCCAGGGCUCUGUCGCCCUCAACAUUGUCGACAACCCAUUGAGGCGUCACGACAAAGAAACCGUCGUCCACGAUGCCGUCACAUUCGCUGAGUCGAAUGGGAUGGGUGACCAAGCAGCUCUCUUCGGCAGAGCCGCUCUCAUCGCGCGUGACCCGGAGAAUUUCGAAUCGAUUCCAGAUCUCACACCAGAAGAGCGUUCAGCACUCGUAUACGAGAGAGACCACAAAUGGCACGGUCCAAAGAUGCUUUGGUAUUCGAUUGGUCUUUGUGCCAUUGGUGCCGCCACACAGGGUUGGGACCAGACUGGUUCAAACGGAGCCAACUUGUCUUUCCCUCAAGACUUUGGUCUCGAUGAGAAGAACAAUGCACAUGAUGCCUGGAUUGUUGGUCUUAUCAACUCUAUCAUUUUUCUGACUGCUGGUCUCAUUGGUGCUUUCAUCGUCGAUCCUCUUAACAAGUACCUCGGCCGAAGAGGUGAAAUCUUCCUUACUGCUGCUUGUCUUACUGCCACUCCCAUCGGUUCCGGUUUCGCACAGUCGUGGCAAGGUCUCUUCGCUGCUCGUUUCAUCAUGGGUAUUGGAAUCGGCGCAAAGAACGCAACCGUACCGAUUUACUCAGCUGAGAUGGCACCCGCUCGCAUUCGUGGUGCUCUUGUCAUGUUCUGGCAGCUCUGGGUCGUCAUUGGUAUCUUCCUCGGAUUCUGCGCGAAUGUCAUCGUAAAGGAUGUCCCUCGCAUUGCAUGGCGUCUUCAGCUUGGAUCUGCCUUCAUUCCAUCCUUCAUCCUCAUGGUCGGUAUUUACUUCUGCCCGGAGUCACCUCGUUGGUUGAUGAAGCACGGUAAAAUCGCCAAAGGCUUCCAAUCCAUGGCCAAGUUGCGCGCACACCCCAUUAUAGGCGCACGUGACUACUACUACAGUUAUGUCAUCUAUCAAGAGGAGAUGCAGGCGGCUGCCGGCUCUACCUACUUUACUCGUCUGAGAGAUUGUUUCACUGUCCCUCGCAUUCGCAGAGCAAACUAUGGUGCUUCGACUGUUAUGCUUGCUCAGCAGAUGUGUGGUAUCAACAUCAUCUCGUUCUACAGUUCGUCAAUCUUCACCAAUGCCGGCUACACUAACGACCAGGCUUUGUACGCAUCUCUUGGCUAUGGUGCCAUCCAAGUCGUCUUCACAAUUCCUACCUUGUUCUUGAUUGAUACAAAGGGUCGCAGAACUUUGUGUUUGAUAACGUUCCCUCUUAUGUGCAUUUUCCUGCUGGCCGCAGGUCUGUCGCUGUUGCAACCUGAAAGCGUCGGUCAAGCGGCCAGAGUUGGACCCGUUAUCUUGUUCGUCUAUCUCUUCACAAUCUGCUAUUCUCUCGGCGAAGGCCCUGUCGCAUUCCAGUACUCAGCCGAGGUCUUCCCAACCAUCCAGCGUGAGCAGGGCAUGGCAUGGGCAGUUUGCAUUAACAACACCUUCGCUGGUAUCCUCGGUUUGACGUUCCCACGUAUGCAGGAUGUCAUGACACCCACCGGUGCUUUCGGCUUCUAUGCUGGACUCAACCUUAUUGCCUGGGGCAUGAUCUUCUGCUUCGUUCGCGAGACCAAGCAGCUCACUCUGGAGGAAAUCGAUCAAGUCUUCUCCGUUCCUACCAAGGAAUUCCUCAGAUACGAAACCGGCACCUGGCUGCCAUACUUCUUCAAGCGCCACGUUCUGUUCCAGAAGAACACUCCCAAGCCCCCACCAAUCAUCGAGAAGGCUGAGUGGGUCGGCAGCAAGCAGCACACUCUGAACGCUUAA